AUGUUUAACUGCAACUCGAGCUUGCAGGGUGGCGGCCUAGCAGCGGCUGAGGAUUUGUUGACCUCCAGCUCGGCUCGUACCUACCACGAGCUGCUUGUCUCCAACUCCUACUAUUCUCCUCGCAUAGAGUCCUUGCGAUCGCUCGAACGGACAGACAGGAACCUCUACGGCAAGGAGUGCACUGCUGGCGCCUGGGCGCUCUUGUGGCCAGGCGGCUCCGGGUCCCCGGCCACGGCAUGCAAUGCUGAGACCCUGCACAAAGCCCUCCGGGUGGCCAGCACUUCAGGUUUGGCAACCGGCUUCGCAGCAAGCCGCCUGGACCUGCAGCUUCGCAGUGGCAGCGCGGGUGUGGCCGUGCUCUACGGCGCCGUGAGCGUGCCGGGGCUCCUCAGCCUGGCGCCUUUGCUCCGAGAGGUCGCGCAACUGCCAGCCACUUCGACAUGGCAGGUCAUCUUUAGGCACGCGGACGGCCCGCUGGGCGAGGACACGGGAGCCGACCUCCUCACAGGGUACGGCUUCGAGCUGGCCAUCAAGAGCAGCGAGUACAAGACGCACGCGGAGGAAGACGACAAGGGCGACAAGGAGGACGAGAAGGCUGAUGCAAGCUCCGAGGAUCUGCAAGGCGAGGUGGCCGGGAAGCUCCUGGAGGGAUUCGAGGACAUGGAGGGCGACACGGACCAAAUCCUGAAAGCCGGGGAGAUCAAAGACGUCGGCCUGCAGGCCACCGCCAAGAUCCAGUCGUCAGCGACUCCCCUUCUUGCCUUAAUGCGGCUCUCCCAGAACUUCCCGGCCCACGUGGUUGGCCUGUCACGAAUCUCUGUGAAGAAGAGUCUUCGUGCCCAGGGGCGAGAGCUGAGGGAGAUGAUGCGAGACGGUGCAGAGGUUUUCAGCAUGAACGGGCGCCUCGUUCGACCUGACCACUCGGACCUCUCCCUGUUCCCACUGAUGGAAACUCUACAUCCCUUCUUCGUGGGCGUCGAGAGGCUCGUGCGCCUUGGUGUCCCCGAGAAGGUGGCAUGCGAAAUUCUCAAGGAAGUGAAGGGCAGUGGGAAAGCAGCUGGCCGUGUGGACUGGCGCUCGAAGACUCUUCCGCCCUCGCUGUACUCUGUGAUGAAGGAUCGCGAAACGCAACGCUGGAGCAGCUCCCUGCGAAGCCUCUUCUUCGGCUUCGGGGGCCUGUCGCCCAUACGACUGCCUCUUUACAACAUCGUCUUCGUCUUCAACCCCGGGGAGGUGGCAGAGCUGGCUUUCGCAUCCUCCUUGCUGAAGCAGAUGCCGCUUCCCGCCGAGCUCCACUUCGUGAUGCUCGCUUCAGCAGGUGCAUCGGCAGCGAGCUGGGAUGAGCAGGUGCUCGGCACUCGGCCGGCAUGGCUUCAAGAGACGGAGACGAGGCCCAGCGGCGGCAGCGAGGCGGCCGUGGCCUUGGCCGUGGCCUACGCUCACUCUUUGCAGAAGGGCCGAAAGAGGGCGCAGAGUUUCAUCUCGUCCGCUGCCGAGUGGGCGCAGAAGAACCUCGCGUCCGAGAGCUUAACGAAGUGGCCAGAUACGGAGGAGGGUCUGGCCAAGAUCAAAGAGCUCUGGCUCUCCAGUGCGAAGAAGGACGACCGCGCAGCGCUGGAGUCUCUCUGGGGAGAGGUGCAAAGGAACGCAUCCCGACCCGGGGCCUACUUGGUCAAUUGCAGCGACUACGUGGCCUCUACAGGAGUGCCUGUGCCGUCCCUUCUGGUCAAUGGCAAGAUCAUGCUGAAGGGCGCCUACGACGCGCAACAUGCGCUCCUGCAGUCAGUGGCAGAGGACCAGCAGCGGGUGCAACAGGCCGUGUACAUGGGCGCCCUCUCGGAGAAUUCUGUGAUCUCAGACUUCUUCGUGUCUCAGGGCGUUUUGUCGGCCUACCACCCGGACAUUGCCCCCGACAUGGCAGAGCGCGGGGGAGAGGAAGGCAUGAAGGAGCAGAACAAGCAGGCCAAAUAUCAUCUCUGGCCUGCUCAUCCGUAUCUGUCCCUUCCUUUCGUCUCCUCCUUGGAGCCGGAUCUGGAGCCCAAUGAGGAAGGACAUGGCCCGAUCUCCUUCUACCAUGUCCUCGUGCUGCGCAGCGUGCAGCACAUGUGCGCAGUUCUCGAGCUCUUGAUGCAGGGGACGGUGAAAUUCGUGAGGGUUGCCGGAGAAGGCGCGAAGGCGGAGGACGGCGGCGACACUCAGGCUCUGAAGGGUGUUCUCCUCGUCAUGCCCUCCCGCGCUGCCGAGUACUCCGAGCCCCAGGGCCAUGGCAUGACUCCUUCGGCGCCCUCGUUCUAUCCGGGCUACGGCUACGCUCCCACUGGAGGCCUGCCAUGGGCGCACGCCAUGCCGCAGUACGGCCAGCCUGCUGAUGACGGCGUGGACAUGAAGUGGCAAAAGUCGCUGGGAAUGGCGGCGGCCCAAAGCGGCCGUUUCUGCAAGUCCCUCCGCUCAGAAGGGAUCGGGAUUGAGUGUGCUAUCGAGCCCGAGAGAUUGGCUUCCAUUGCGGAGACUCGCCUAGGCCUCCUGGCUCUGUGGAUGCUCAUGGCAACACUAACCUGGCUUUGCGGCCUCUAUGCGAUGGUGUACUUUACGAUGCACCUGUCGGAGCACCACCACUACACUCGCUGCCGGUGUGACAGGCGCCGAGCAGGUCUGUGCAUCCUGGGAUAUUUGACUCUCUACGUUUCUGGGCUCUUGCUCAUGCUUUCUCUGUACAUAUUCAAUGCAGACCGUGUGCCGCCAGAAUUACAGGUUGUGGACCCUAUGGACCCGCCGUACGGCAUGGAUUUCCAAUUGGAAAGCCUUGGUGCUUGGACGAACAUGUCGAAGGUGAGCCAACUGCGCAUGGAGUACGUGCGGGGUCCAGGGGUCCCGUACUGGGAAUACACCGACAUAGCCGGCAUCCUCUUUGGAUGUUUAGUUCUCUUGCUUCCGCUGACGGCAUAUGUGAUGGGAGACGAUGGAGAUGAGGUUAGUGCCAAAUACCUCAUGCGAAACGACUACUGUCAGACUUUCAUUGACACUGGACUGCGACCGCAGAACUUCAUCCGGGAUUUAGACUACCAGAACCGUUAUUCAGACUAUCCCAAGAUCGAGCGCUUGAUCAAGCUCAAGGAUGAUAUCUUGGCCAAGCGGGCCACGCCAGGAAUGUCGCUAAAGUGCGACUUGAAUCUUAUGGAAGUCUCUGGCAGCGCGAGUCCUCGAGACUGGGGUCCUCAAGCUCAGAGCGAGUCCGCCGUAGUUAGCAGUGCAGGUCUGUCGGGACACCACUGCCGGGCCGGUGGCUCCUUGGUCUCCUCGGGUUCGUGCAGCUCCCACCAGAGUGACCCGUCCUUUUCUUAUCAAGCCACGCGCAAUGCGAGAGACUUGAAGGUCUUUAGCGAUGCCCUGGCCGGACACCUUCAGGUGGUGACAGCCUGCCUUUCGCAGACGGACAGCGACCUGAAAGGUGCGGCAAUAGUCACUGGAACCCUUUACGUGGAGCUGGUAAGCUCCGCACAGACAGUGGCAGGAAGCUUAGCCAUGACAGCUGUCAGUGCUCUGGAGAAGCUUCCGACGCUGCUUUGGGCGGCAAGGGGUCACGGACGUGAGCUGCAAGCUUGUGUCGGCCAGCUGCAUGUCAGCAUGGCUGGUCUACGCAAGCAGAUGCAGACGGUCCGCCUUGACUACAUCGAUCUGCUCCAUCAAACAAAGUACCUUGGGCAGUGCAUGCAAGUAACACUGGACCAGAUGGCAAUGAGCACUAUGCCAGAACCAGUCGAAGAUGAGCAUGGAAGCUUGGAGUGCCAAGUCCGAUCCGGUUUUGAAAUGACCGCAGUACAGCAGGAGUCACAGAAAUACCUGGAACUCGCGCUCAUGCAAUUAGAUAGCAUGUGCAACAUUUUGGAGGAUUGCUCUGACUUCUGGUUGACACUGCACCAGGCCGAGCUGCAGGUCAAGAAGCUUGAGAAAGAAUCCAACGUCUUGUGCGAAGGCCCUUUGGGGGGCCCAAGUCCUGAGCCUUCCAGAAGGCAUGCCAGGCACUUCGACCUAACCGGCCUUGGAACUAAGUUUGACGUGAUCCUUAUCGACCCGCCCUGGGAGGAGUACAAUGCAAGGGUCGCCGGGAUGUACGUCCCAGACGAGGACCUGGCUACCUGGACUCUAGAAGAGCUCAAGACUCUCAAGAUCGGAGAAAUUGCCGACGCGCAGUCCUUCUUGUUCCUUUGGUGCGGCGAAACGCACCUGGAGCACGGUCGUGAGCUCUUAAAGAAGUGGGGCUUCCGACGCAUCGAGGAUGUCUGCUGGGUGAAGACGAAUCGGCAAGCCAAGCUGGAUGCCAAGGGUGCCGUCAAGCAGCAGAGUGUCAUGUAUGGUGACACUUCCAUCAUCCAGAGAACCAAGGAGCACUGUCUCGUGGGAGUGAAGGGCACUGUGAAGCGGUCAAUAGACACCCACUUCAUCCACGCAAACUGCGACGUGGACCUCAUCAUGGAGGAGGAGAAGGGCUUCGGCUCCACUCACAAGCCCACAGAGCUGUACGAGACUAUCGAGCACUUCUGCCUUGGGCGCAGGCGUCUAGAGCUCUUCGGCCGCGAUCGGAACCUGCGAGACGGCUGGCUGACUCUUGGCAAUGGCCUCACCACCGAUAAUUGGGACAAAGAGACCUACCUGAAGUGGUUUGAGGGCGACAAGCAGUGGCCGGAGGUGCAGGACUACAAGGGCGGGCGGCUGCUCGGGAGCAUUGCAGAGAUUGACGUCCUUCGACCCAAGAGCCCUGUGCGACCAGGGCGGAAGAGGAGCCGUACACCAUCACCGCGCCGACGCGUCGGUCCCAGCUCGGGAGCCGGUGGGUGGCGAGCGGCGCGGGCCUCCCGCGACUACGAUUACGAGGAGGAUGAGAAACCGCUACCGGAGGAUUUGGGCGAGAUGGCUCCUCCCAUUCCCAAGGAGGCCGCUGCGACUGGAAGGAGACCACCGCCAUGCUGCCAAGGAGUGUGA